AUCAGUAAACAAACAAAAAUGUCAAUAAAUGUCAAAUGACAAAAACAAAAUGGCCUAUGCGGUACGGCUUGUUUUGUUUGUGUACAACACAUUUAAUAACGCGAUUCAUUAAUUAAAACAAAUGAAAAAUAAGUAGAAUUAUACUUAAAUAAAGAAUUUAGAAUAUCUUCCCCUCAAUUUAAUAUAAACGUAAUAAUCAUGUUGGCUGUUUUACUUUUAAACCGCAUGAAUAUAAUGGCGAAUAGACAUCGCACAGAACGUCGGGAAAAACUUGAGAAUUCUUGUAAAUUAGCCUCUGAGGCCAAUGAGGACGGUUACUGCAGAACGUGUCUCGGUACCAAGGAUCUAUCGCCGAUAUUUAACGAGAAACAAACCGAGGAGAAACGUACGCGCGAACUAAAAGUUACAACUGGUUUACAGAUUAAGAAAAAUGAUGGUCUAUCACAGAGGAUAUGUUCUGGUUGUUUGGACUCAUUGAACCAAGCAUUGAAGUUCAGAAGGAAAAGUAAAAAAACAGAGAAAACGUUACUAAAUAGGAUAUCAGGGAAUAAAACAAAAAAGAAAUACACCAAAAUAUCUAAAGCCUUAAAGAGACCCAAGAUUAAGAAACUUGAAGAGGACAUCCCAGACUACGAGUACAGUGCCUUCGAAGACAGUUUCCAAGAUGAACAAGACUACAAGCAGGAUGACCAGAACUUUGUCGAUAUUAAAGAGGAAAAGAUUGAGAUCAAGCCGAAGGUGUCGCGCGCGCGGCGGCCCCGCCCCCGCCCCACGUGUCCCGCCCCGGCCUCGUACAAGUGUCCGACCUGCAGCAAGGAGUUCCGAAUGAAGGCCACCUACAAGGCCCACAUGCGGUUCCACACUAACUACUGUGUGUGCGAGUCGUGCGGCAAGAGAUGCCGCAAUAACAACCAGCUGCAGGAGCACAAGCGGGCGCGGCACGGGCUCGGCCGCAUCCACAAGUGUGCGUACUGCGAGUACAGCUCGGCCACCAAGGAGGCGCUCACAAUCCACGAGCGGCGCCACACCGGCGAGCGUCCGUACGUGUGCGACCACUGCGGCGCCACCUUCCACCGCCGCUCCAACCUCGUGCAGCACAUCGCCAUCCACCUGCCCGAGAAGAACUUCCAGUGCGACAUGUGCCCGAAGCGCUUGAAGUCGAAGAAGUUUCUCCAGAUACACAAGCACAACGCCCACACGGGCAAGCGGUACGGGUACCUCUGCCCAAUAUGCGAGCACCGGUUCGAGAAGCCGAACAAGGUGCGCGCCCACACCAGGAGGGUCCACGGGCUGCCGGACGACCAGCAGGGGCCCGUCGUCAGGGUGCAGCUGUAGACACGCACACGCACACACACACACAUCUACUGGUGGUAGGACCUAUUGUGAGUCCGCACGGGUAGGUACCACCACCCCACCCUUAUCUGCC